AUGCAGAAACAUGAAUAUGAGGAUGAUGGCACAAUGAUGCAAGAGGAUGAUGAUUCAGAGGAGCACUCUUCAGAAGAACGGAUGAAGGAGGAGGAGAAUGAGGAAAAGUCGGAAAUCCACAACAUGAUACUCGGACAAGAGGAUGAUCAUUAUGAGCAAGAACAUGAUGACCAUGAUGAUGAUCGCUUCAUGGAUGAGGCAGAAAUGAAUCGACUCAUCCGAGAAUAUCAUAAAAACAAAAAACAUCCACUCGAGCACCAACAACCACAAGACGAAAAUGAAUUAUCGGAAUUUAAUCUCAUACACUCAAUCAACACUCAAAACUUAAUUGAACAAAUUACCAGAAAUAAGAUUUUCAACUCGGUGUAUUACAAGGAGGAAUGUUUUGGACUUAACGCAGCGUCCUUGAUUGAUAAGGCUAUAGGCUUGGACUCCAUUGGAGGUACCUAUGGCGGACAUCGAAAACCCAGCAAUUUUCUCUGUCUUUUGAUGAAAAUGCUUCAAAUUGAAGUUGACAUGGAAUCAGCCAUUUCGUACAUUCAGAAUGAGGAAUUCAAGUACUUGACUGCGUUGGCAGCUCUGUAUAUUCGGCUCGUAGGAUCAUCCAUGGAUAUUUAUCGAUAUUUAGAACCAUUAUUUGCUGAUUUUAGAAAAUUGAAAAUGAGAAAUAUUGAUGGCUCUUGUAAAAUCAUUCACAUGGAUGAAUAUGUGGAAAUAUUAUUGAAUGAGGAUUCUUUUUGUGAUGUAAAAUUACCAUUUCUUGUGAAGAGAAGUGUUUUGGAAAGGAAUGGAAAAUUGGGCCCUUAUGUUUCACCGCUGGAGUCAAAUGAAGAUCUUAAAGCACUGCUUGAACAAAAAAUUGGCACCACUUCUACAGUACAAAAUGAAGGAGAGCCAACAACGAACGCACCGAGUCAGAGGACUGACUCUUCAGCAGCAAACAAGGAAAAGAAAUCAGGAGCUUUCAAACUCAAGCUGAAAAAACCUUCAAAAGAUGGAAAAAGCGAAACCAUUAGUAGCAACAGCCCUACUUCUGCUAGACCUGAGGAAGUUCUUUCUAUUGAGGCUACAAACGAGCUAAGAAAAUCCUUAGGAUUGCCUCUGUUAAAGUAG